CUCCUGCCAGGUCACACAAAUCAAACCUCAGCUUCAGAUUCAGCUGUCACAUCUCCUAAUAUGUGCACUUCUGACCCUGAACCAUCCCACAUGACAUCUAAAGAAGCAGAAGACUGGAAUACAUGUGUAUCAAUCUGCGCGCAGAAGUGGAAGAAAAGUGAGGAAAACUCUCAGGCCUCAGAUUCAACUGUCACACUUUCAACACCUGAUACUGAAACAUCCCAAAUAAAAUCUAAACAAACAGGCCAAACAAAUGAAACCUCAGCCUCGGAGUCAACAACUGUCACACUUUCAACUCCUCAUACCUCCACUCCUGACACUAAAUCAUCCCAAAUGACGUCUAAACAAGCAGGCCAAACAAAUGAAACCUCAGCCUCGGAGUCAACAACUGUCACACUUUCAACUCCUCAUACCUCCACUCCUGACACUAAAUCAUCCCAAAUGACGUCUAAACAAGCAGGCCAAACAAAUGAAACCUCAGCCUCAGAGUCAACAACUGUCACACUUUCAACUCCUCAUACCUCCACUCCUGACACUAAAUCAUCCCAAAUGACGUCUAAACAAGCAGGCCAAACAAAUGAAACCUCAGCCUCAGAGUCAACAACUGUCACACUUUCAACUCCUCAUACCUCCACUCCUGACACUAAAUCAUCCCAAAUGACGUCUAAACAAGCAGGCCAAACAAAUGAAACCUCAGCCUCAGAGUCAACAACUGUCACACUUUCAACUCCUCAUACCUCCACUCCUGACACUAAAUCAUCCCAAAUGACGUCUAAACAAGCAGGCCAAACAAAUGAAACCUCAGCCUCAGAGUCAACAACUGUCACACUUUCAACUCCUCAUACCUCCACUCCUGACACUAAAUCAUCCCAAAUGACGUCUAAACAAGCAGGCCAAACAAAUGAAACCUCAGCCUCAGAGUCAACAACUGUCACACUUUCAACUCCUCAUACCUCCACUCCUGACACUAAAUCAUCCCAAAUGACGUCUAAACAAGCAGGCCAAACAAAUGAAACCUCAGCCUCAGAGUCAACAACUGUCACACUUUCAACUCCUCAUACCUCCACUCCUGACACUAAAUCAUCCCAAAUGACGUCUAAACAAGCAGGCCAAACAAAUGAAACCUCAGCCUCAGAGUCAACAACUGUCACACUUUCAACUCCUCAUACCUCCACUCCUGACACUAAAUCAUCCCAAAUGACGUCUAAACAAGCAGGCCAAACAAAUGAAACCUCAGCCUCAGAGUCAACAACUGUCACACUUUCAACUCCUCAUACCUCCACUCCUGACACUAAAUCAUCCCAAAUGACGUCUAAACAAGCAGGCCAAACAAAUGAAACCUCAGCCUCAGAGUCAACAACUGUCACACUUUCAACUCCUCAUACCUCCACUCCUGACACUAAAUCAUCCCAAAUGACGUCUAAACAAGCAGGUAUGAUCCUGAUCAAAGAGAACAAGACCUGGGAGGACGCCUUAAAUUACUGCAGAGUGAAUCACACUGACCUGGUUUCCAUCACCAGCGCUGAAGUAAAGACCAGCGUCAACUCCUUAGCAGUGAAUGCUUCGACGCCUUACGUUUGGCUGGGUCUGCGCUACUCCUGCACCCUGGGUUUGUGGUUCUGGGUCAAUGAUCAGAUUAUGUGCUUUAACUGGGCCUCCACAGGAACGACUAUGAACUCUGACAUGUUUGGAGCCAUGGACACGAGCAGAGAGCACAAUUAUAAGGGCUUUAAUCACAGCAAGACUAAGAGGUUUAAUUUUAUUUGUUCUACAUAGUAGGUUUUAAACCUAACGAGAGAAAGUGGUGCUCUCUAAAGACAUCUCGGCUCUGUCUCCUUUUCCAGAGUCACAGGAACAUAUUCAUUAGUUUCUUCCUUAUUGCUGGAUUAUUAUUAUUUUCACAAUGAUGAUUUUUGGGGGGAUAAGGUUAGGUUACUCUUUCCUGUUUAUAAAAUUUGUGUGUUCUUUUCUGUAUUCAUGCAAGAAUUUUAAAAAUAUGUUUGUUAUCAAAGUGUUUUCAUUUUUAUUCAUUUUGAAUGUUUUAAAGAUUAAUUUUAGCAUUUAUUCGAUAAGAGCAGGGGAAGACAGGCAGCAUAGGGCCAAGGGUCAGAUUCAAACCCGGAUUAA